GCUCACAGUCUGCUACAGGCUUGGUCUGACUGGUUUACGCCAAGUUCUUUAGUACUUAAAGCGAGCUACGCCCACAGGGAUAGUGUGCCUGCUCUCUGCUAGCACAAUGGCCGCCUCCAUCCAUACCUACGGACCGUCAUGUUUCCUGGCAGCUGAUGCUUCGGAUCCUUCCUCAUGGCUUCACUCCGAAUCUCCUCCGAACGUACGGCCUCAAUUCUUCUACACCUCUCCGCUACCGAUAGAUGACCCCUUGACUGCGCUACCCCCUCCAAGUGGCGGUCAAGGAUCCGCCAAUGCGAAGGCUCCGCUCCAGCCUUACUCGGUUCGGGAUAACGCUGCUCUGGAAGAAGCCUGGAAGUCGCUACAACGGGUCCGAAAAGAGAUUUUGGUUACGAAAGCCAAGGCACAGGAAGAGCGCGCUUCCAAAAGAAACUCGGGUAUACUCGUACCAGGGCAAGAACCAAGAAUAAGCGCAGAAUGGAAGAAGAAGAUGGGAGCAUCCCUGGGCUCCAGCCUGGAAGACAGCCAAGGGAAGCAGAACACUGCCGUUCCACUGUCUCUGGAUGAUAAGGCAUUGAAGACCUUCAGAGGUCGAUUCAAGAAUGAGUUCGAAAGCCCCGGAAUGGAACAUGAAGGAGCCCGGAAAAGGUCACGUACGCUUGAGACUAACUCGAAGGAGAACUUGAGGCCGACCAGGGUCACUUACAAGGGCAGAGAACCAUUUCCUCGGGAAGAUAUCGAAUCUACGGGAGUCAAAACCAGCGGGGUGCUACGGACGGAGGACGUAGCUUUCGACAGUGGUGAUAGCGUCAGCUCCCGGGGCAACACUUCGCGAGAUGCGAGUAUCAGCGGUUCUCCGUUUAUCCGAGCCCCAAUCCACAAGCCGCAAAGUCUAUUGGGAAGAUCCGUCGAGUCGAACUCCUCGAGAGACGCCAUUCUAGAAUCAUCGACGGAUGCGACCGCUCACACUGCAGCCAAGCGCUCAGGACUGAGGACAAGCGUCGAUAGGGGAUCACUUGAGGGAUCGGAUGAACCACUCCAAGAGUCUGUAGAGAUUGACGAAACGCAGUGGAGGAUUCCAGUCGGGGCGUCCCGGCUUCACCUUGUCGAAUUGCCAAAGCUGAAGAUGAAGCCGAUAUAUUGGAGCCCAUUGCACGACAUAUCGCACGUCGUCCGUGCGACGUGGUUCUAUAAGAAUACUAUGCUGCCAGUUGAGACGGAGCUUGCUAACAAGCUAGAGGAUGGGUAUCUCUACCUGCAGCCGUGGACUGAAACAUGGCAGGACGAACUCAAUAGCUGUGUCGAGAACGGCGCUGAUGCGGAGCUCAAGGUAGUGCACCAACUUUGGGCCAAAGAGGACUCAACCCGGCCGUCAACAGCUGCAGCUGCUCCUGACGCCACCCCAUUCGCUGGUCAUCUGGCGGACCAACCAGCGCGCCCUGACAAUGUGCCUUUUGCACUUGAUGAAAACCGCGCCGCUGGGGCGACUCCGGCACACUCCGAAUCUGUCAAGCCCUUCUUGAACUCAAGCGUCAUCUAUGCUGACUGGCGAGAGGCACAGAUUCUACGACCCAGUCUUCUUCCGUCUGUAUCGCGCGGUCGCAGACCACUCAGCGCGAUUCGUAAAGGCAGACAGAUUGGGAUCCCUGUAGUUCGCGGUUUCAGCCGGCGAUUGUGGGACCGUCUACAUCCCAGCAAGCCGAGCCCUGUAGAAGUGAGGAACUACCUUCGAAGCACCCAGACUCGAGCGAUGUCCACCUCAGGAGAACCGGUAUGCUAUGCCUGUGCGAUAGAAGAAUUACGGCCGGCUCCGACGGACCUGGUCCUUGUCAUCCACGGUAUAGGCCAGAAGCUAUCAGAACGAAUGGAAAGUUUUCAUUUCACACACGCGAUCAAUGCCUUCCGCAGGACCAUCAACAUGGAGCUGAAUAGCGAGCCCGUGUGGCCCCACGUGCGUCCAGGACACGCAGGGAUCAUGGCCUUGCCUGUGAAUUGGCGCUCAACACUGUCCCUGGAUGAGGCCAAUCUUGAGUCUCCAGCGACCGGAGAUCCAGCUUCUAAUCACUACUCCCUGAAGGAUAUCACUCCGGAGACCAUCCCCGCUGUCAGAUCCCUGAUCAGCGACGUCAUGCUGGAUAUCCCAUACUAUCUAUCGCAUCACAAGCCCAAAAUGAUCCAAGCCGUCGUCAAAGAAGCCAACCGUAUCUUCCGCCUGUGGUGCGAGAACAACCCAGGAUUCCAGCAGAACGGCCGGGUACAUCUGCUCGCACACUCCCUGGGGAGUGCGAUGGCCUUGGACAUCCUCAGUCAUCAACCCACUAAGAUCCCCAGGUUUGAUUUCUCCACGACCAGCGUGCACGGAGACAUUUUCGAAUUCGACACGAAGAACCUAUUCAUCUGUGGCAGUCCCGCCGGAUUCUUCCUGUUCCUCAACAAGGCCAACCUCCUCCCCCGCCGCGGCCGCGACAAACCCGGCUGCGAGGGCGACGACCGUCUCCGCGGCGUCGCCGGCGAAGCAGACACAUACGGCUGUUUAGCCGUCGACAAUCUCUACAACAUUAUGCACACCACAGACCCAAUCGCCUAUCGCGUCAACGCAGCCGUGGACAGCGACCUCGCCGCCUCCCUCAAACCCGCCUCGAUCCCCACCACCACCUCGACCAUCUGGUCCUCCUUCGGCAACGUCUUCCGCUGGUCGAGCACCACCACCACCGGCAACACGACAAUUCCACCUCCUGCCAUCACGGCCAAACUCCCCACGCAGGUCGAGCUGGAAACCCACGAUUUCACCCGCGAAGAGAUCGCCGAGAAACGCAUGCUGCUGCUGAACGACAACGGGCAGAUCGACUACUACCUGUCCGGCGGCGGUGGGCCCCUCAAUAUUCAGUAUCUGAAUAUGUUGAGCGCGCACAGCAGUUACUGGACGCUGACGGAUUUCGUGCGCUUUGUGGUCAUUGAGAUUGCAAGGAAGCAGGGGCGAGAGGCGACGUUGCCGGUGUUGCGGGCGGAGAAGAAGAAGGGGUGGAGGGUUGGGAAGGGUUGACCCUCUGAAAAUCUAGGAUUUGGGAUUGUGGUGGUUGGAUUGAGUAUGACGGAUGAUUGUGAGGGUGGAGUUUGGGAUUGAUACCCUGGUUUUCUUUAAGUUUUUCCUAUUUCUUGGUUAGG